CAGACACACAUAGACACACACACAGACACACAGACACACAGACAGACACACACACACGUGUGAGUAUCGUCACAACACCCACACUGAACAGAGGAAGUCAGACAGUGGACUGCAUCGGAUUAACCAGCGCCGCGUUUGCUGCUGCUGCGGGAGACGGGAAAGGAAGAAUGAGGAGCGAGACCAUGAAGAGGAGAUAAGGAGACGAGGGAGGCGGAUGAGUGGGAGGAGACGGAGGCGCUGCCGCUGCUGCUGCUGCUGCUCGAGUGGCGGAGCCGUGGGGCCAGACGGCGGAGACGCGGCGGCGGCGCAGCACGGCACCGGUUCAGCAAUGGCCUCCCAAGUCAAUAAGGAUCUCCGGGUGAUCGCAAUCAACGCCACUCAGUCAGAAAAAUUCCGCGAUAACCACGUCAGCACCGCCAAGUACAACGUGGUGACGUUCCUGCCGCGGUUCCUGUUCGAGCAAUUCAGGAAAGCUGCCAAUGCCUUCUUUCUACUCAUUGCCUUACUGCAACAAAUCCCGGAUGUGUCUCCCACGGGACGCUACACCACCCUGGUGCCUCUCAUCUUCAUCCUCACACUCGCCGCCAUCAAAGAACUCAUCGAGGAUUAUAAGCGACACUCGGCUGACAGCACGGUGAACAGGAAAAGGACUCUGGUGCUGAAGAACGGAAGUUGGGAGAGCAUCCACUGGAAAGAGGUGGCGGUGGGCGACCUCGUCAAGGUCACCAAUGGGCAGCACCUGCCGGCGGACCUCAUCCUCCUCUCCUCCAGUGAGCCCCAAGGGAUGUGUUACAUCGAAACCUCGAGCUUGGACGGAGAAACCAACCUCAAAAUCAGACAGGGCCUGGCACUGACGAGCGGCGGCGUCUCCGCCGAGCAGCCGGCCGCAGCAAGCGGCCGCAUCGAGUGCGAGCCUCCAAACCGCUUCCUCUACGACUUCAUGGGCAACAUCAACCUGGACGGGCACAGUCCGCAGCCGCUGGGGCCAGACCAGGUGCUGCUGCGUGGCGCUCAGCUGAGGAACACCCAGUGGGUGGUGGGCGUCACCGUCUACACGGGCCACGAUACCAAGCUCAUGCAGAACUCGACGAGCGCGCCGCUGAAGAGGUCGAACAUGGACAAGGUGACCAAUGUGCAGAUCCUCAUCCUCUUCGUCAUCCUCCUCGCCAUGGCGCUCAUCAGCUCGAUCGGCGCCGAGGUGUGGAACCGAGAGCACAGCAAGGGCGACUGGUACCUGGGCUUCAUGGACGUGAAAGCGGUGAACUUUGGCUAUAAUUUCCUGACGUUCAUCAUCCUCUACAACAACCUGAUCCCCAUCAGCCUCCUCGUCACGCUCGAGGUGGUCAAGUUCACUCAGGCGCUCUUCAUCAACUGGGACGCCGAGAUGUACCACGCGGAGAGCGACACGCCCGCCAUGGCACGCACCUCCAACCUCAACGAGGAGCUGGGACAGGUUAAGUACAUUUUUUCGGACAAAACUGGAACCCUCACCUGCAACAUCAUGCAGUUCAAGAAGUGCUCCGUGGCCGGCGUGAUGUACGGGAACGAGGCGGCGUCGCUUGAGAGCAUCAAGGAUGGCGUCUGUACGGCCGUUAUGGACAACUUGCAGUGCAAUCACCCCACGAGUGCGGUGAUCCGGGAUUUCCUCACCAUGAUGGCCGUGUGCCAUACAGUGAUUCCCGAGCGCUCCGAGGGAAGCAUCAUCUACCAGGCCACGUCCCCCGACGAGAGCGCGCUGGUGCGAGCGGCCAAAGACAUGGGGUUCACGUUCUGCGGACGCACGCCCGACUCCAUCAUCAUUGACGCCCUGGGCAAGGAGGAGACCUACAAGCUCCUCAAUGUGCUGGAGUUCUCCAGCAAUCGCAAGCGGAUGUCGGUGAUCGUGAGGACGCCCAGCGGGAGCCUCAAGCUCUACUGCAAGGGAGCGGACAACGUGAUCUAUGAUCGCCUGGCCUCGAGCGCGCUCUACAAGGAGACCACGUUGCAGCACCUGGAGGAGUGCGCCAGCGAAGGCCUGCGCACGCUGUGCUUUGCGGAGCGGGGGCUAUCGGAGGCGGAGUUCGAGGCGUGGCUGGGCGAGUACCGCGAGGCGAGCACGGCGCUGCACGAGCGCUCCGCCCGCCUCGAGGCCUGCUUCGAGACCAUCGAGAAGGAUCUGCUGCUGCUGGGCGCAACGGCGAUCGAAGAUAAGCUGCAGGACGGAGUCCCCGAGACGAUCGCCACGCUCAUCCGUGCUAACAUCCGCAUCUGGGUGCUCACGGGAGACAAGCAGGAGACGGCCAUCAACAUCGGUUACUCUACCCGCCUGCUUAACCAGGACAUGGGCCUCGUCAUCAUCAACGAGAGUUCCAAGGAUGCGACGCGCGCCGAGCUGACGGCGCAGCUGGAGGAUCUUGGCGAGCAGGUGAACCGCGAGAACGACUUGGCGCUCAUCGUGGACGGCAAGUCUCUCGUCUACGCCCUCGACCCCGAGCUGCGCAACGACUUCCUGCAGCUGGCGCUCUCCUGCCGAGCCGUCAUCUGCUGUCGCGUGUCGCCGCUGCAGAAGUCGGAGAUUGUGGACGCGGUGAAGAAGAAGGUCCGCGCGGCCAUCACGCUGGCCGUGGGCGACGGCGCCAACGACGUGGGCAUGAUCAAGACGGCGCACGUCGGCGUCGGCAUCAGCGGCAACGAGGGCCUGCAGGCCGUCAACUCCUCUGACUACUCCAUCGCGCAGUUCUGCCACCUGAAGAAGCUGCUGCUGGUGCACGGGGCUUGGAGCUACACGCGCGUCGCCAAGUGCAUCCUGUACUCCUUCUACAAGAACGUGGUGCUCUACAUCAUCGAGCUCUGGUUUGCCUUCACCAAUGGAUUUUCGGGCCAGAUCCUGUUUGAGCGCUGGACCAUCGGCCUCUACAAUGUGAUGUUCACGGCGCUGCCUCCGUUUGUGCUGGGCAUCUUCGAGCGCUCGUGUAGCCAGGACAGCAUGCUGCGAUUCCCGGCGCUCUACAAGCAAUCGCAGAAUGCAGAGGAGUUCAACUCCCGGAUCUUCUGGAUUCACUGCCUCAACGGCCUCUUCCACUCCGUCGUCUUGUUCUGGAUCCCUCUCAAGGCCGUCGAGCACGAUAUUUUGUUUUCAAGCGGAAAUACUCCAGAUUACCUCUUCCUGGGCAACAUUGUUUACACGCUGGUGGUGAUCACAGUUUGCUUGAAAGCCGGCCUGGAGACCACAGCGUGGACCAGGCUGAGCCACAUCGCCGUGUGGGGCAGCAUCGCCCUGUGGGUCGUCUUUUUCGGCAUCUACUCCCUGCUGUGGCCGGCCAUCCCACUUGCUCCCGACAUGAGCGGCCAGGCGAGCAUGAUGCUGAAGAGCGGCGUGUUCUGGAUGGCUCUCAUCCUCAUCCCCAUCACGUGCCUCGUCCCGGACGCCGUGUGGAAAGUCGUCCGCCGCUCGUGCUUCCAGUCGCUGGUGGAGGAGGUGCAGGAGAGUGAGGCACGCGCACAGAAGUCGGACCGCAUCAUGCUCACCUCGAUCCUCAACAAGAGCUUCACGGAGAGGGCACACCUGCUGCGGAACGCUUUCAAGAAGACCUCGCCAGAAUUCGGCAACACCAAGUCGUCCGUACGACGAGACUUCAUGCAUGGCUACGCAUUCUCGCAGGAGGAGAACGGGGUCCUCUCUCAGACGGAGGUGGUCCGGGCGUACGACACAACCAGGCAGCAGGGCGACGGCCACGAGAGCCCAGUCAUUGUCUAGGGUGCUGGCGCUGUUCAAAACAACACCCGGAGCAUCUCCGUCACCGCUGCUCCUACUAUUCCUUUUGUUUAUUUUGUAAUUAUUUAAGAUCUGCACGAAAUAUGCGCCGCGUACAUUGUUGUUGUUGUUGUAAAAUCUCAGCCGUCCCAAACGUCCGAGCGACAAACGCGUUAUCAAACUGUCUUCUUGCAUGCGAAUGUAAAACACAAACCCCGUAGACAAGAUGACAACAGCAAAAGAGAACACAGCCUUACGGGGAAAACUGAGCCAGAAACCAAAAGUUUUUGUGUUUUCAUUUGGCAGGCAAACUGUUGAGCUCUGCUACCCAGCAUGAUGUGCACUAUGAGUUGCAUCCGCGACUCUCUUGAUAUCACUACGCUAUAAGACUCUUCAUAGCGGUGCGCUACGUGACUCUUGAUAUUGCUACCUGACUCUUGAUAUCGCUACGCUACGUGACUCUUGAUAGCGCUACGUGACUCUUGAUAGCGCUACGCUACGUGACUCUUGAUAGCGCUACGCUACUCUACUCUUGACAGCGCUACGUGACUCUUGAUAUCGCUACGUGACUCUUGAUAUCGCUACGUGACUCUUGAUAUUGCUACGUGACUCUUGAUAUCGCUACGCUACGUGACUCUUGAUAGCGCUACGUGACUCUUGAUAGCGCUACGUGACUCUUGAUAUUGCUACGUGACUCUUGAUAGUGCUACGUGACUCUUGAUAGCGCUACGCUACGCUACUCUUAAUAUCGCUACGUGACUCUUGAUAGCGCUACGUGACUCUUGACAGCGCUACGUGACUCUACUCUUGAUAGCGCUACGUGACUCUUGAGAGCGCUACGCUACUCUUGAUAGCGCUACGUGACUCUUGAUAGCGCUACGCUACUCUUAAUAUCGCUACGUGACUCUUGAUAGCGCUACGCUAUGUGACUCUUGAUAGCACUAUGCUACUCUUGACAGUGCUACGCUGCUCUUGAUAGCGCUACGUGACUCUGAUAUAACUACGCUACAUGACUCUUGACAGCGCUACAUGACUCUUGACAGCGCUACGCUACGUGACUCUUGAUAUCGCUACGCUACGUGACUCUUGAUAGCACUACGCUACUCUUGACAGCGCUACGCUGCUCUUGAUAGCGCUACGUGACUCUUGAUAUCGCUACGCUACGUGACUCUUGACAGCGCUACGUGACUCUUGAUAGCGCUACGUGACUAUUGAUAUUGCUACGUGACUCUUGACAGCGCUACGCUACGUGACUCUUGACAGCGCUACGUGACUCUUGACAGCGCUACGCUACGUGACUCUUGACAGCGCUGCAUGACUCUUGACAGCGCUACGCUACUCUUGAUAUCGCUACGUGACUCUGGACAGCGCUACGCUACUCUUGACAGCGCUACGCUACGCUACUCUUGAUAUCGCUACCUGGCUCUUGAUAGCGCUACGCUACUCUUGAUAGCGCUACGCUACUCUUGAUAGCGCUACGCUACUCUUGAUAGCGCUACGCUACUCUUGAUAGCGCUACGCUACUCUUUACAGCACUACGUGACUCUUGAUAUCGCUACGCUACGUGACUCUUGAUAUCGCUACCUGACUCUUGAUAGCGCUACGCUACUCUUGAUAGCGCUAGGCUACUGUUGACAGCGCUAUGCUACUCUUGAUAGCGCUACGCUACUCUUGACAGCGCUACGCUACGUGACUCUUGAUAUCGCUACGCUACUCUUGAUAUCGCUACGUGACUCUUGAUAGCGCUACGCUACUCUUGACAGCGCUACGUGACUCUUGAUAGCGCUACGCUACUCUUGAUAGCGCUACGCUACUCUUUACAGCACUACGUGACUCUUGAUAUCGCUACGCUACGUGACUCUUGAUAUCGCUACCUGACUCUUGAUAGCGCUACGCUACUCUUGAUAGCGCUACGCUACUCUUGACAGCGCUAUGCUACUCUUGAUAGCGCUACGCUACUCUUGACAGCGCUACGCUACGUGACUCUUGAUAUCGCUACGCUACUCUUGAUAUCGCUACGUGACUCUUGAUAGCGCUACGCUACUCUUGACAGCGCUACGUGACUCUUGAUAGCGCUACGCUACUCUUGACAGCGCUACGUGACUCUUGAUAGCGCUACGCGACUCUUGAUAGCGCUACGUGACUCUUGACAGCACUACGUAACUCUUCAUAGCGCUACGCUACUCUUGAUAUCGCUACGUGACUCUUGAUAUCCCUACGUGACUCUUGAUAUCGCUACGUGACUCUUGAUAUCGCUACUUGACUCUUGAUAGCGCUACGUGACUCUUGAUAGCGCUACGUGACUCUUGAUAUCGCUACGUGACUCUUGAUAUUGCUACGUGACUCUUGAUAUCACUACGCUACUCUUGACAGCGCUACGUGACUCUUGAUAGCGCUACAUGACUCUUGAUAGCGCUACGUGACUCUUGAUAUCGCUACGUGACUCUUGAUAGCGCUACGUGACUCUUGAUAGCGCUACGUGACUCUUGAUAUCGCUACGUGACUCUUGAUAUUGCUACGUGACUCUUGAUAUCGCUACGUGACUCUUGAUAGCGCUACGUGACUCUUGAUAUCGCUACGUGACUCUUGAUAGCGCUACGCUACUCUUGACAGCGCUACGUGACUCUUCAUAUCGCUACGUGACUCUUGAUAUUGCUACGUGACUCUUGAUAUCACUACGCUACUCUUGACAGCGCUACGCUACUCUUGAUAGCGCUACGUGACUCUUGAUAGCGCUACGCUACUCUUGAUAGCGCUACGUGACUCUUGAUUGCGCUACGUGACUCUUGAUAGCGCUACGUGACUCUUGAUAGCGCUACGCUACUCUUGAUAGCGCUACGUGACUCUUGAUAUCGCUACGUGACUCUUGAUAUCGAUACGUGACUCUUGAUAGCGCUAUGUGUCUCUUGAUAGCGCUACAUGACUCUUGAUAGCGCUACGUCACUCUUGAUAUCGCUACGUGACUCUUGAUAGCGCUACGUGACUCUUGAUAGCGCUACGCUACUCUUGACAGCGCUACGUGACUCUUGAUAGCGCUACGCUACUCUUGACAGCGCUACGUGACUCUUGAUAGCGCUACGUUUCUCUUAAUAUCGCUACGUGACUCUUGAGAGCGCUACGCUACUCUUGAUAGCACUACGCUACGUGACUCUUGACAGCGCUACGUGACUCUUGAUAUCGCUACGCUACUCUUGAUAGCGCUACGCUACGUGACUCUUGACAGCGCUACGUGGCUCCUGAUAGCGCUACGCUACUCUUGAUAGCGCUACGCGACUCUUGAUAUCGCUACCUGACUCUUGAUAGCGCUACGCUACUCUUGAUAGCGCUACGCUACUCUUGACAGCGCUGUGUGACUCUUGAUAUCACUACGCUACGUGACUCUUGAUAUCGCUACGUGACUCUUGAUAUCGCUACGUGACUCUUGAUAGCACUAUGCUACUCUUGAUAGCGCUAUGCUACGCGACUCUUGAUAGCGCUACGUGACUCUUGAUAGCGCUACGCUACAUGACUCUUGAUAGCUCUACGCUACGUGACUCUUGAUAUCGCUACGUGACUCUUGAUAGCACUACGCUACGUGACUCUUGAUAGCACUACGCUACUCUUGACAGUGCUACGCUACAUGACUCUUGAUAUUGCUACGUGACUCUUGAUAGCGCUACGCUACAUGACUCUUGAUAGCGCUAUGCUACGUGACUCUUGAUAUCGCUACGUGACUCUUGACAGCGCUACGCUACUCUUGACAGCGCUACGUGACUCUUGAUAUCGCUACGCUACUCUUGACAGCGCUAUGCUACUCUUGACAGCGCUACGUGACUCUUGAUAUCGCUACGCUACUCUUGACAGCGCUACGCUACUCUUGAUAGCGCUACGCUACGUGACUCUUGAUAGCGCUACGCUACGUGACUCUUGAUAUCGCUACGUGACUCUUGAUAGCGCUACGCUACGCUACCCUUGAUAGCGCAACGCUACUCUUGAUAGCGGUAUGAUACGCUACUCUUGAUAGCGCUACGCUAUGCUACUCUUGACAGCGCUACGCUACACUACUCUUGACAGUGCUAUGCUACGUGACUCUUGAUAGCGCUACACUACGCUACUCUUGAUAGCGCUACGCUACUCUUGAUAGCGCUACACCACGCUACUCUUGAUAGCGCUAUGCUACUCUUGAUAGCGCUACGCUACUCUUGACAGCGAGCUUCAUCGCGACGUUGACUGUUAGGGUUUUGUCUCAGCCAGACGUCCUGUCGUAGGGUCGCCGCGACACCACGUCACCAUGGCGAUGUCGCGUCACCAUGACGAUGUCCCAUCGCCACGGCGAUGUCGCGUCAACACGGCGAUGUCGCGUCACCAUGGCGAUGUCGCGUCACCACGGCGAUGUCGCGUCACCACGGCGAUGUCGCGUCACCAUGGCGAUGUCCCAUCGCCACGGCGAUGUCGCGUCACCAUGGCGAUGUGCCAUCGCCACGGCGAUGUCGCGUCACCACGGCGAUGUCGCGUCACCACGGCGAUGUCGCGUCACCACGGCGAUGUCGCGUCGCCACGGCGAUGUCGCGUCGCCACGGCGAUGGCGCGUCGCCACGGCGAUGGCGCGUCACCAUGGCGAUGUGCCAUCGCCACGGCGAUGUCGCGUCACCACGGCGAUGUCGCGUCACUACGGCGAUGUCGCGUCACCAUGGCGAUAUCGCGUCACUACGGCAAUAUCGCAUCACUAUGGUGAUACUGCUUUACUAUUACGAUACUGUUUUACUAUAGCGGUAUCGUGUAACUGGCGAUACCGUGUCACGACAGCAAUACCGUGUUACUACGGCGAUACUACAGCAAUAGCGUGUUACCAUGGCAUCACUACGGUACACACUGUACGAUAUGACCACCGCAACGAUCGCACCAUCCCGUUUGCAAAGCGUCAUCAUCAUCGCCGUCAUUACCGUUGCUCGUUAAUUUUUUGGCAAAAACGUUUCAUUUCCCGACAAAACAUUUCCGAAUUAACAACUCUUAAAAGUUCACAACAAUCGAAAAGUAGCGACUGUCCAUUAAAUUGGCGCUUUGUGAAACGUUUUUGGGGGUAAUCGACGGCACAGCGAUGAUAAUGAUGAUAUUAUUACGCCCUAAUAUUCCGGCAGCACGUUACCAUGAAAGCGUCAUCAUCGUCAGACAAGUUGAGUGAACUGCAAUUUACUUUUCAGGUUACCUUCGGUCAUACUUGAAAGUUCUUCAGAGCACAAAACCCGUGACGAUGAUUACGAGCAAAGCAGUAGCAAAGCCUAGAGGAAGCGGUAUCGCCACGGCGAUCGUGGCGCUCCACGCAGCAUCCAUCGCAGCGACCCUGACCCCCGGCGCAUCUCUCUGUGUCUCUGAUCCUCCACGGGCCCCUUCCACGUCCCCAGCAGACCCCAGGGCUUUGCAAGCCCUGGGACCGGACGUUGUUUACAAUCUCUGGGGAGGUUUCUUUGCCGCGCUUCCCGGGUCUCUGGACGGUUGGAAUCGUCGGCGUCUCUGGGUGCCGAUGCUCCCCGGCCUCCUCGCGGGUUGGUGUCGCUCGUUUGCUUUCUGUACGAUUUCUGUGCACAAUUCUACCGCGUCUCCUGAAUGAGCCUUCUUUAUAAUGUUUGGGAAUUUUCUCAGGAAUUCCGAUCUCGGUUGCAAUUUUAUUUGGAAUUCUCUAAAUAUUCCGACAUAGGGAUGGUCAUAGCACGACUCAUUAACUCUCUUAUCACUCCUCCUCUCUCAGAUAUGGGACCAUCGCUUUCACGGUAUCCAAUCAACCGCAGAAAGGACCAUUUGAUAUCAGUGGGGUAUCUAUGAAUGGCACACUCUGUAAUUGGGGAUUUUCUUUUUUGUUGUUUCAUCACGGACCCCAUGGGGUAACUCACCGCGCCUGCGCACCGUGGGGUAACAGGCACCGUGGGGUAAUGGCCGUUACCCCUCGGUGAGCGUUACCCCGUGGGACGCGAGGCGUCCGGCCCCAGCAUGAGCCGUGGCUGCACCUGAAGAGUCUGCGAUGUGGCGCCGCCACACUGCCGCGCAGUCCUCGGAGCCGUCGUCGGUCUCCCUGGGUCGUGGUCACGAGGCGCCCACGGCACUCGCACGCCCUGCUGUGGAGGGCGUGCGAGCGCCGUGGGCGCAACGUCUGACGUUUUGCUCUGUGUGCCGGGAGCUUCUUGUAGAAUCCAUCGACCCCCACCUCGCCCCUCUCAGGGUGACAUCGCAUGAUCAUGAGAAGUGGUCAAUGUUUCGGGGAGGCCUCCUGCGAGCAGUCGUGUGACCGCACGGCACUCACAGUUUUAAGUUAACUAAAUUUAAAACUAAACUUAAUUUUUACCAGGGUAGGCCCACUGAGAUGUGUAGCUCUUUUUCAGAAGGGAUCUGGCCGGAAAUGAUAGCUCAGCGAAGUGACUUAUCAUGUGGAAAUUAAUAGCAGCCAAAUAAUCUAAACACAUGUUUCUAAAUGUGGGGGGAAGCAGCAGGAGGAGUAUUGGGGGUGCGAACGAUUGCUUGGGUUUAGAAUUGGAUCAAACGCAAUUCUUUAGUUCAAAAGUGUCACCGGGGAAUUCGUUAAAGAUUAGCGAGGGAGACAAAUGCCCCCUUCAAGGGGGGCUCUCCAGAGCUCCCUGUGGUGGAGCAGGGCUGAGAGCGGGACAUGACAGGGCUGAGAGCGGGACAUGACAGGGCUGUGAGCGGCUGCCCCUUUUACAUUUUACUAAUUGAUUCGGUCGCCUAUUUUGGAAGAAAUUAGCUGCAAGUUGUGCGAUUCACACCACGUAUUUACCUGAGCGCCCUAAUGAGAACUGUGCUCAUCUGUGGCUCAUUUAUCUUUUCAUCCACUGAAGCAUAAAGGCAUUCUUACAAACAUAAAGGACUUAUCGAUCACAUUGUCCGUUCUACAAAGCUACCUGCGUAUUGAUAUCCUCGUCAAAAUAGGAAGAUCUUAAAGAGGAAACCACAUUUCUUUUCAGAGCCUCACAAUAUCCGUUCGCUUGCUGAGAUGGAAUGUGGAGGGGCAUUAAAAAUCAGCCGGGCGCCGGGACGCGACGGAUCGCCUGGAAUUUUUGAGUUGGUGCGAACCUGCCUAAGGGUUACCAAGAAAACCAAGGCGUGUGUUUCGUGGAGCUUGCUUUGUAUUUGUAUCAAAGAAAAAAACCUGAAGAGUAAUUCACUUUUUCUCACCAUUGUAAAAUAAUUUAACGAGCAGAGCAGUAAAAUUACCGAGUAAGCAUGCAAGGUGGUGCCCACGCCUGUGGUUGGACCGAAGUUGGCAAAAAGUGUUCCGUGUUCACUGGGUAGUGGCGGUGAGAGCUAGGGUGGAAAGCUGAGAAGGCAAAAUCUGUGAAACCACAAAGGGCGCGUCGGAGGGGGAACAGGCGGUGCGCAGGCCGGACGCUUGGGGACAUCGAAUUCUUAAUUUUAUUUUAUUUUGUCAUUCCGUGCCAGCCGUGACCAAACGAUGUGGCAGCACCAGGCUGCUACUACUGCGAUUAUAAAUUGCACAUCGACGUACGGCUCCUUGAGUGGCCGGUCGGUCAUCAGUUCGGUUCGCGAUCUCGGGAGUGGGCGGUCGGAUUCCAAUUGGCCCCGGCGUUUGACCCCGUCAGGUUACACCUUUGGACAAAAUGAACGAAUUUGGAUCAAAGAUCUGCUCACAAGCCGCCACCUUUAAACAAUCUUCUUGUGUGCGGUCACUCCGGAGACAGCCUCAAAGUACGCAGCAGAGGCAACCCUGGAUCCGUCGAUUGACGGUCGUCCCCACGCACACGACACGUACGUGGCGUCAUGCAUGCCGAGGUCGAGUUCCUUUUAUGCAACUGAUAUGCUCUUGCUCGUUUACUUUUGAAGCUAACGGCAAGAAAUACGAGUGAACACAUGAGCGGGCACAACCACUGCACACCGGUGGGUGCUCGGUAGGGUAGACACGCAACGUGGUCUCGCGUCGAAUGGUGACCCCAAGUCACGACAGUUCAUCGGGUCGUGUACAGUGUGAAUUCUGAUGUGUGUUGAUGUACAGUACAUAGAAGCGAGCCAGUAGAAUGUCUGUGCGUGUGGACGCACGUGGAUCGAUUGCGGGAUGACUGCAAGAACGGCGUGCCGAUGGUGGACUCUGGUUAUAGCUUGCCGAUGGUAACUCUGGUUCUAUCCUGUCUAUGGUGACUGGUUCUAUCCUGUCGAUGGUGACUCUGGUUCUAUCCUGGCGAUGGUCACUCUGGUUCUAUCCUGUCGAUGGUGACUCUGGUUCUAUCCUGUCGAUGGUCACUCUGGUUCUAUCUUGCCGAUGGUGACUCUGGUUCUAUCCUGUCGAUGGUGACUCUGGUUCUAUCCUGUCGAUGGUCACUCUGGUUCUAUCUUGCCGAUGGUGACUCUGGUUCUAUCCUGUCGAUGGUGACUGGUUCUAUCUUGCCGAUGGUGGACUCUGGUUAUAUCUUGCCGAUGGUAACUCUGGUUCUAUCUUGUCGAUGGUGACUGGUUCUAUCCUGUCGAUGGUGACUCUGGUUCUAUCCUGGCGAUGGUCACUCUGGUUCUAUCCUGUCGAUGGUGACUCUGGUUCUAUCCUGUCGAUGGUCACUCUGGUUCUAUCUUGCCGAUGGUGAUUCUGGUUCUAUCCUGUCGAUGGUGACUCUGGUUUUAUCCUGUCGAUGGUCACUCUGGUUCUAUCUUGCCAAUGGUGACUCUGGUUCUAUCCUGUCGAUGGUGACUCUGGUUCUAUCCUGUCGAUGGUGACUCGGGUUCUAUCCUGGCGAUGGUGACUGGUUCUAUCUUGCCGAUGGUGACUCUGGUUCUAUCCUGUGGAUGGUGACUCUGGUUCUAUCCUGGCGAUGGUGACUGGUUCUAUCCUGUCGAUGGUGACUCGGGUUCUAUCCUGGCGAUGGUGACUGGUUCUAUCUUGCCGAUGGUGACUCUGGUUCUAUCCUGUCGAUGGUGACUCUGGUUCUAUCCUGUCGAUGGUGACUCGGGUUCUAUCCUGGCGAUGGUGACUGGUUCUAUCCUGGCGAUGGUCACUCUGGUUCUAUCUUGCCGAUGGUGACUCUGGUUCUAUCCUGUCAAUGGUGGCUGGUUCUAUCCUGUCGAUGGUGACUGGUUCUAUCUUGCCGAUGGUGACUCUGGUUCUAUCCUGUCGAUGGUAACUCUGGUUAUAUCUUGUCGAUGGUGACUGGUUCUAUCCUGGCGAUGGUGACUGGUUCUAUCCUGGCGAUGGUGACUCUGGUUCUAUCCUGUGGGCCUUUUCCCACGAUGACGGCGGUGAUGCGUUCGGGUUGACUGCAGCGCAUUUCGUUGGAACUUGGGAACAGACAACGCUCGCGUCAGGAGGAAGCGGAUCACUUGAAAUGACAUUUCAAUCGGGCAUCACGGCCCUACUGUGAGUUUUCAGCUCUGUCCUCGGGGUUAUAAACCUCGGCUCAAAUUGGCACAGCGUGGCUGUGCGAUAAAGGACCUUGGAGCGUGUAUACAAAGUAAGUUCAUCGUAACAUUAAAAACUAUCAAGUAAUCAUAUUAACCGUUACAGUCGCGUGGAAAAGUAGGCCAAAAACACCCCCUCAGUGGGGCCCUCGAGAGCCCCCUCGAGCGGAGGUUCCGUGCGCCCGCAGUGGCCGUGAGCAAGCGGUUGCAGGGCUGCACCUUCCUCCGCCACAGUGGAGGCUAAGCGAGGGUUUCGCGGCCGAUGAUUUAGCUCGUAGCACUGCCGGCCUCGCUCACGCGAAAUCUCAUGAAAUGUGUAAAACGUUCAAGCGGGAGGCCCACCGCGGUGCCACAGCGGGGCCCCCAGUCGGAGCGCCGCUUGCGGCCCCGUGGGCCCGGGCGGCCGUGGUGAGCGGGUCACGCCGCUGUCGCGCCGUCGGAACGUGCGGAUCUCGGUUAGGAAUGGACCAUGAGAACUUGUGAAUCGCAUCUAAGGUGGCAUCUCAUUUAAUUUUGUAUUUAUUUAUUGCGUUUUAAGUGAACGUUUUUUUACAGGGAAAUUGCAAAUACUCACGUUUGCGGUAUGAAAGUUGUGGCAAUUAAAACGUUUAAGACAUUAUGCACA